AUGCCUGGUCAGGGUUUGGAUAAAUUGGACUGUACAUUGCCUAAGGGAAUUUGGCUGAGGUUUGAUUUUGAUGAUUCGCAUCCGGAUUUGCCAGCAUUAUAUUUACAAGGUGGAUCGAUUAUACCUUUGGGUCCACCUCAUCAGCAUGUUGGUGAAUCUAAUCCUUCAGAUGACUUGACACUUCUUGUGGCUUUAGAUGAACAUGGGAAAGCUGAAGGUUUUCUGUUUGAAGACGAUGGUGAUGGAUAUGAAUUCACUAAAGGUGGAUAUUUGUUGACACGCUAUGUUGCUGAACUUCAAUCAUCAGUUGUUACUGUGAGAGUUUCCAAGACUGAAGGAUUAUGGAAGAGGCCAAAGCGUCGUAUGCAUGUGCAGUUAUUGCUUGGUGAAGGUGCAAUGCUUGAUACAUGGGGCAUGGAUGGAGAAGUGCUGCAAAUUAUGAUGCCUUCAGAACAAGAAGUGUAUAAUUUGGUUUCUACCAGUGAAAAGUUGUUAAUUGCAGAAAAUGCUAAGUGCAUUCCAGAUAUAGAAGAUGUUUCUGGACAAAAGGGAGUAGAACUUUCAAGGACUCCUAUUGAACUGAACAAUGGUUAUUGGAUUCUAAAAGUAGUUCCAUGGAUUGGGGGUAGAAUUAUUUCCAUGAUGCACCUUUCCUCAGGAACGCGAUGGCUUCAUAGCAGGGUUGAUAUUGAUGGUUAUGAAGAGUAUAGUGGCACUGAGUACCGGUCUGCUGGAUGUUCUGAGGAAUACAAUGUCAUUGAGCAUAAACUUGAGCAUGCAGGAGAGGAGGAAUCAAUUAUGUUAGAAGGUGAUAUUGGUGGUGGAUUGGCCCUUCAACGGAAAAUAUAUUUUCCAAAGAAUGAUCCCAAGGUUUUCCGAAUUGACUCUAGCAUUGUUGCCCGUAAAGUUGGUGCUGGUUCCGGUGGGUUUUCAAGGAAUGCAUGUCUCAAAGGUUUAGAAUUUGAAGGUCAACUUGUUCUCCAUGAUUAUCCACAUGUUACAAGACAGAAACUCCCAAACCUGCGUGAAGCUUGCUGCUUGGUGAAAUAUGCCAGAGCUUCUGUUGGGCUACUUGUUUGCUUGAGAGUACACCCUACAUUUGGUCUCUUGCACCCAACAGAAUCGUUUGUGUCAUUUACUUCCAUUGAUGGGUCCAAGCAUGAAGUGUGGCCAGAAUCUGGGGAGCAGUUUUAUGAAGGGAAUCUACUUCCUAAUGGUGAAUGGAUACUUAUUGAUAAAUGUCUGGGCUUGGGGCUAGUCAAUCGGUUUAAUGUCAAAGAGGUUUUCAAGUGUCUCAUCCAUGGGGGAACUGGGACAGUUAAUUUGGAGUUGUAG